AUGAAGCCCUCUUUCCCAACAUUCUGCUCUCUGGUAGAGUUAGUGAAUUGGGCCCAUUGCGACCCUCCAUCUACUAAGUGCACCUACCUUGUGAAGGGUGAAAGACCAUGCGAGUCCCGGCCAAGGCAGAACAAGGGAUCAAAUGAUGCCAGAUCAGUCUUUGCCGGCCAUCUUGAAAUUCUCACUGGACCUUCUGAUAUGUUUAUCAAGACAUACAUCCAUGUCAAAGUCUUCGAGGAUCUCGCUGCUAUCCACCUUUGCAGCAGACACGAAAAACACAAGUCACAAGCCACAGAGCAAUGGCUAGAUGAGUUCAAUACAGAGAGAGCAUCUAUUAUUUCCAGAUUAGAGGAUUACUACAACAUGGAGAGUGAUGAUCUGUACACCGAGGAUGAAAUCGAAGAAGAUGACGAGACGGAGGAGUCCAUUCUUGUAUACGACAGCAGAGUUCUUCAAUAUGACAGCGGGCAGAAGGAGCCGGAUGAGGAACCAGAUGCAUUGGAAGAAAAAGUGGAUGCUUCAAUAGGUUCCAGUCAAUCAUCGCCGUUGCCUGGGGUGAUUCGCCGCGCAUGGACAAUACAAGAUGAUGAAGUGUCCAAAGAUGUCACUUGGCUUUUGGAGCAACCUGUUCAAGGUAACUCUAAAAUCCCCGGGUGGGUUUACAUAAUUAGCCCUCCUAACCUACCGGGAAUCCUCAAAGUUGGCUAUGCCAAGACGCCUCCUUAUCUGAAUCGUUUUGGAGAUCACAAGAAGUGCCACGGCGAAUAUAAAGUGAUUGCGACAAAGUUGAUACCUUAUGCGUAUCGUGUGGAACAGCUAUUGUUGGCAGAGUUCCAGAACAACCAUUAUACACUCAAGGACGGUUGCCACAAUUGCAAAGCCAGUCACCGGGAGCUACUUAAUAUCGAUGAAAAAAGUCUCUUGAGAAGUUUGAAGAAAUGGAUAGACUUCGUUGAGUCCUAUCCAUACAGCAAAACAGGGACCUUGAAGCCAAAUGCUAAGAAAAGGCUCCCUCUUCCUGCUUUGAAUAGCUAUCUCGGCUACAAGGGACGUCGCCCACGAUUCUCUCCUAGCCCCAGUUCAGGCAAGAAAGGAGGACGUCAGAUUUCGGACUCUCCGAUCACACCACCACCACGUCCGAGCUUCAAGGCUGCUACGCCGACCACCAAGUCUGUUAAUGUCGAUGAGGUCGAGCUAGACCCAGAUGACCUGUGCUCGGCAAUGGAGGAACUUCAGGUCACGCCUUCUAAGGAUGGAAAGAGGGCUAAGGGUGUGAUCAGCGGUCGGAAGUAG